UGUGAACAUUUUGUUAUUUGUGGCAACAUUAUUUGGGCUGUGCGAGCCGUCACCAAAAUUCUUUGAUAUUGGAUUUCUUGGUCUUGGAUUUUCGUCACGGACAUUUGGGCAUCCUUAUUACUAUCCUUAGCAUAAUAGUUUUGUUAAAAUCAUGGCUGAUCCAAAAGAUGUUAUUAGCAUGAAGUCGUGUCGAAUAUGUCUGACAAACAAGAAACCCCUGUGUCCCCUAUUUCGAUACAAAUUGUCUGGUAAUUACGCUGAAAUGCUUACCGCCAUUGCAGACGUAAAGGUAUCAUCGAAUGAUGGUUUGCCGGAUAAGAUUUGUAACAAAUGCUGCACUUCUUUGGAGAAAGCAUAUCUCCUUAGGACUGUUGCAGAAAGAUCGGAUAAAAUUUUGAGAAAAGCUGUAAUUAAAUUAAACGAAAAUGUUCCAACUAAAAAGAUAGCAUUUGACUCUUUUACUGAUAUAAAAAGUGAGAUAGCACCACUUGCCGUCAAAUCUGAGCCAAAAUGGGAAAUGGAAAUAGAAGUUCUUGACACCUUAAAUGCGCCAAAACCCAUAGACCCCAUUGAUGGCAAGGACAUAGUCAUAGCCAACACUGUGAUCAGGAAAGUUGAACCGGGCACGGAGGAACCUAAAAAAGAAAUAUCGGAGGAUGUCGACCUGACAUGGACCAAGACAAAAUCGAACAAUUAUGAUGCAGAAUACCUGGAUGAUGAUUUCUUCCAAGAUGAUGAUGAUGAUGAUUAUGUGCCACCCAAAGAGAAACAGAAAACUAAAUUCAAGAAACCAAAGUUGUCUGACAUCAAAGUUUUCAAGGAAACGAAAAAAACGAUUGUCAGAAAACUGAAAGUACUGUCCAAGUCGGACAGCUUUGAAACCUUGAGCUCUAGUGAUGAUGGCAAAGGCAAGACAGCAACAACAAUUACGUGCUAUCCGAUAAUGAAGAACGGCUCCCGCGGGCCACCGAUCCUCCUCAAGCGGCCAAAAGACGCGACGAUCCUCAAGGUGCACCCCAACUACAAGCCGAGGGCGGAGGCGACGCGGCUCGUCCGGCGCGACAAGCCCGUGCGCAUGGUCCGCUCGGCCAAGCCCGUGGUCAAGCAGAGGGAGAAGAUGGUGUGUCCGGUCUGCGGGAUUCUCACUUACACUCUUGGCAACCACAUUGCUACGCAUCAAGAGAAAAAACGAUACUCCUGCGGUCAAUGCACGCGGUCAUUCGCGCAGAAGGCGAACCUGCAAGUACAUCAGAAACAGCACACGGGUGUCAAGGACCACAUAUGCGAGGUCUGCGGCGCCGGCUUCUACAGCCAGAAGUCACUAGUCAGGCAUAACCUAAUUCACAAAGGCGAGAGGCCCUACCCGUGCACGCUCUGCAAUAAGCGGUUCAUUGCACGUUGCGAUUUGAACCGGCACCUACGCAUUCACUCCGGCUACAAGCCGUUCAAGUGCGCUACUUGCACCAUGUCCUUCAACGCGAAACACCAACUGCAGAACCACGAGCGCAUGCACACAGGCGAGAGACCGUACUCGUGCGAAGUAAGCUACUUUAAAACCACGUUACUAUAGAUAGGCGGUCUGAACCGGCACAUGAGAUCGCACACUGGCGACAAGCGGUUCAGGUGCGAUAUCUGCGACCGCGUGUUCACGCAGAGCCAUCAUUUGCGGAACCAUACGCUCUCGCAUACGGGGGACAAGCCUUUUACGUGCCAGGUAUGCAACGUGUGCUUCAGCUACAAAGUGAACCUGAACAACCACGUGUACAAGGUGCACGGCAUCAACCUGAAGUUCAAGUCCAUCCACACGGUGACGGAGGAGGUGCUGCGCCGCGAGAUGGGGCUCGCCGGCGAGGCGCGCGCCGCCAUCGCGCACAUCCUGCCCGCGCUCGACCACUCGCAGGAACAGCCGCAAGUCGACUACGCUGUCGCACACUAG